AAGUUCAGCGUCUCUAUUUGCGGAUGUACACGCUGUUGCAUAGAACUGACUCUUGAUGCAAAUCAAGCCGACUGCAAAGAUGGAGAAGAGGUUGUCAGAUCCUUCGAGAUCACCACGUCAGAAUUUGCCGAAUCACUCGAGAAAGAGCAAGAGACGGUCCAGUCGCAAGAACAACUUGGUGGAUACUGCGUUGGAUAUGUGGCCAAAUAAUCCCCAAAACGAUCAAGAUGUUGGUCUAAUGUCGGGUACGGAAUAUCCACAGAUGUUGUGGCAGUCAGCCAGUGUACCGCAAAAUGUCCCGGGUAAUGGACAACGUCUAUUCACAGCAAUGUCUGAUCCAAGUGUAUGCGGUUACUCGCCAAUGCCAGUAACAUACACUAUGCAGCCUGUCUCAUUACCGGGGAUGUACAGAAUAUAUCAGCCGAUGGCGAUGCCAAAUAUUAGAGCCAGCCAUGGUAGACGUAGACAUCACUGCAAUGAACACCUAGCUAAUGUUCAGUCUGUCACCAAUAAUACUAUUGCUAAUGGUUACGGAAGUCUGCAAGAAAAUGGACAUUUGGAAUCUACUGUAAAUAGUGCUUAUCAAAAUGGAGAUUAUGCCAGUUUACCACCUACUGCCAACAAAGAUAGCAGUAUCAAUAGUGAUGAACUAAAUGCAGAACACAGAAGAUAUUCCGAUCCUGGACUUGGACCAGCUGAAAAUGUACAUCAUUCAGACAGCGAUUCUGAGAGUAUUGAGAGCGGAAGUUCUAUAACAACAAUCAGCUGUAGCAACAAACUUGUUUUAUCACUUAUUGAACAGAUGACAGAGCUAAAAAAGUGCAACAGCCUACUGUUCAAAGAACUUAGUGAAACAAAAACAAAUUUAGAAAAUGUAAAAGCAAAAUUGGCAUAUUGUAAAUAUAAUUCUCCCACAGAUUAUCAACCUGGAAUGUUAUCAGAACUUGUGCGAGAAAUCAGAGAAGCUAAUAAGAAUUGUGAAGAAAGCUUAACCAUAAAAGUGAAAGCUAUAUUUGAAGAAAGAUAUAAUCACCAAGCAAGAGAAGUGGAAGAACUGAGAAAUCAAAUAUCGCAGGUUGUAAAAGAAAAGGAAAAUAGCGAUCAACGUAUUGCGAAAUUGGAAGAGGAAGUGACGGCGUUAAAACUCAGUGCAACAAACAAAACAAGAAUCUCUUCUAUUCACACUAGCAAUGAAGGUCGCGAGAUCGCAGCCUUCGAGGAGGAGACCCUUGCGCUUCGACGAGAGCUCCAAGAGGCACGGGCAUCCAGGACACUAGCCGAGAACCAUGUGGCAAAGUGCGUAAACUUCGCGGUAUCAAGAUCUGUCUCGCCUGUAACUUUCGAUACGCCCCAUAUAACCAGCACCCCCGUGCGUACCGCUCUUACAGAUAGUUGUUCCUUGCCUCCCGUCCUUCCACAAUCCGCAAUCUCAUCGGCCACUUCCUCGUCCGUUUUCUGUUCUCGUUCCGCGGAGGUGGCGGCCGCCCGUUUGUUCGUUUCUGAGACGACGGAUAAUUGUCAAAGUUCUGGAACUUCGUCUGCGUCUCGUGAAGAUGUACCACAGCCGAUAGAGAACGGAAAAGAACAUUAUUCAGACACGAUACUCUAUCAACUGCUUCGCACAAACAACAAUGCCACAAACGUGGCAGUUGAGCGUCGGAACAAACAUGAGAAUCCGAAUUCAGAGUCCGGUGAUACUAACAAAACUUUAUGGGAAAUACCUGUGAGGAGAUCAACCGAUUAUUUGCUUUUGCUCAAUCAGGAGAAGACCGAGUGUUCCGAUGAGAAAAUGAAAUCAUUAACGAUUGAUGAGAAAAUGCAAACCGACACCCUGAUUGAACCAUCGAACGAUCAUCUUCCUAGAAAAUAUUUAGAAGUAAAUAAGAAAGUGACAACAGAAAAGAAUGAAGCAAAACCUUCUUUAUCGUCGUCGAGUGUUCUGAAACAGCAGGAAGAUUCAACUGAUAAACAAAAACCGAACGAUGUAGCGAGUAAAGAGAAGAAUUCGAUUGACCACGUGACUAGGUUGCCGGGAAUGUGCGAUGUUCGCACUCAGCGAGGCAGCUUUAAGAAACCACGACGAAAAAAAAACAACUUAAAGAGAUCGUUCAGCGAGACUGAUAAGUCUGACAAGAACUUGCGUCAAGACACUAGGGUUCUGAACGAGAGAAUUCCAGUGAGACCGUUAAGUUUGGCUGAGACAGGUCGUGACAUGACGAGCGAGGACGAGAAUAGUUGCGCCAAUGACGAUCACACGAGUCGCUCCAUCACCGAGGUGCCAGACGUUGCUGUGGUCUACGGUGGCUCCAUCGUGCCGAAAGACCUCUGCUCGACGAGACCCUUGACCUCCAGAACCCAAACAGCACCUUCACGCGCCACCUACACCACCGCCUAUAUCUAGGUCACGUACGCGCGGGGCGCCCCCCGAGCAAAAGAUGCAAAAA